UCUUUCUCUCACACACGUACACACAUAAAUUAUAUCUACAUCAAAAUGGCAGACGCAGGAAAACCCGAGAAGAAGGAAGGAGCUGCUGUGAAUGAGCACAUUAACCUCAAGGUGGUUGGAAGUGAUAAGAGCGAAGUAUUCUUCAAGAUUAAGAGAGCCACUCCUUUGAAGAAAUUGAUGGACGCGUAUCUUGAUAGACAAGGAAAGGCCCCUGGCUCAGUAAGAUUCUUGUAUGAUGGCAGCCGUGUCCUCCCAGAGAACACACCUGAACAGCUUGAUAUGGAUGAUGGUGAUUGCAUUGAUGUUUGGGUUGAGCAGUUGGGUGGUUGUCUUUAAGUACAAUAGGAAGACCACUAUGUAUUUAUCACUCCCCAAACCAAACCAAAUCAAACCAAAAAGGAAUUAACUCUACAGACCUACACACUUAAACACACGUCCACACCCACAUCUACAAACAACAACAACAACAAGAAGAAGAAGUAGUAGUAGAAGAAGAAGAAGAAGAAGAAGAAGAGGCUCUCUCUGUCUAUCUGUCUGCCUGUCUUUUUUUUCAUUUUUCUCUUUCUAUCUAUCACAAAUUUAUAUAUAUUUAUAUUUAUAUUUAUAUUUAUAUUAUAUUUUAUAUAUUACAAUAUUGAAUACAAAGCGCUCGCACACACCACUCACUCACUCACUCACUCACUCACUACACACAUAUUUAUACAUUACACAAACAAUAUUCUACACCAUUUCACACCAUUUCACACUACACAUUUUCAAAUCAUGUUUAUGUUUCUCUUACUGAUUCUGUAUUUUCAUUAUCUUCAAGAGUAAAGAAAAAGAAAAAUUGAUACUAAAAUUCCGUAAUUAAAUAACUCACUUUCUAUAUAUAUAUUAUAUAUAGGUGUGUGUGUGUGUGCUUCCACUGACUUGCUUU